GGGAGGGGCGGGUUUAUGCUAAUAGCCUUCCGGUCCCCGCUCGGCGGCGUGCGCGGAUUGGCUAGGAGCGGGAGGGAUGUUAAUGAGGGCGCAGGCCCCGCCCACCUCCGCCGCCGGCGGGACCCGCUAUUGUCCGGCGGGGCCGGGCCGGGAGGCGGCGGCGGCGGCGGCGGCGAGCGGAGCCGGGAACGGGAACGGAGCCGGGAACGGGAACAGGGCCGGGGCCGCCGUGCGGAGCCGCACAGCAGCGGGCGAGGAGGGACCAGUCGCGCCCACCCUGCAGCCCCGCCAGGACGAGGCAGCGAUGAUGUGACCUACAUUUACAACAAGGAGGUCCCCAGCCCGCCACCACUGCUGCUGGGACAUGAAGCGGCACAAGUGACAGUGACGCGGUGCCCGCGGGCCAUGGCCAGCCCGGCACCAUGGCUGCGCUGGACACAAACAGAGCUGACGCGCUGGGAGGGAGAGGAGGAGGAGGAGGAGGAGGAAGACGACGACGACGACUUUGAAAGGCGCAUGGAUGAGGACGGGGUCAUUGGCCUGGGGGAGGAUGCCAGGAGCCCACCGUGGGGACACAGCGAGGACCUGGAGGAGGGGUCCCUGGUGGAGGAGAGUCCCUGGCACCCCCGGCAGCACCUGGAGGAGGAGGAGCGGGGCAGUUCCAGGGGGGAUGAGGGGCCCUGGGGGGCAGAGAGUGAUGGGGACCCUUAUGCUGAGCUCUCCUACGAGGGCCGGUGGGGCUCAGGGUCCAGCGGCAGCCCCGAGGUGCUGCGGGGUGGCCGGGCUCUCUGCCAGCCCCACGGCUGCAGCACGGACGGUGGUGACAUCUCAGGGCUGUCAGAUGUCAGCCACAGCCCCACCACCCCCUCCCACCGGCACCGGGGCUGGGACACGUCUGGGAACACCGGUAGGGGACACAGGCAGGGCUGGACCCCAAGCCGGAGCCUCCAGCUGCACCUCUCCGACAACGACCUCUGUGAUGCCACCAGCGUCGAUCCUGUCCCCAAGUCCCAGCUGACUGGGACAGGGCUGCCAGCCCCUGGCACCCCUGACUCAGCACCCACCGAGGAGCCCCUGGGUGCUGGGCCCCCCCCUGCACCCCAACUGCACAACAGGUCACAGGUGCCCAAGAAAGUGACACCCGCGGUGCUGCUGCCCCAGCCUGGCCGGCCAUCGCGGUCCCUGAGCCCCCGACAGCGGCACGUGGGUGACAAGGGGAUGAGAGGUCCCUCAGGACUGGGGACCGGCACAGCCAGUGGCACCCAGUACACCCAGUAUGGCCGGGGGCGGCUCAACCACCCCCUGCCUGACCUCUCCAAGGUGGCGGCGCGGGUGAAGAUCGACCAGAGCUACCGGCCACCACGGGGCCGAGCACUGCCCCCCAACCCCGCAGCCCCGAGGGGCCCCGUCGGCUUCAAGUCCCCAGCCGAAAUUGUGCGGGAGGUGCUGCUGAGCAGUGGGGAGGGUGUCCCCCCCGAGCCCCCCACUGCCACCGCCGGGCUGCCACAGGAGUUCAGGUCCCCCCGACAAGCCACCGCGCUGGUGCAGCAGCUCCAGGAUGACUACCACAAGCUGCUGACCAAGUACGCGGAGGCUGAGAACACCAUCGACCAGCUGCGCCUGGGUGCCAGGGUGAGCCUGUACGCCGACCCGCCACGGCCCAGCCACCCCCUCGCCACGGGCACCGUGGGCACCGGCUGCCGCGUCAUGUCCCUCAGCAUCCCGCGGGCCAGCACGGCGGCGUUCAGCACAACCCCGGCCCCCCCAGCUGGAGCUCCAGCAGCAGCACCAUCAGAUGGGGGGUCAUCACCCCAAAAUCAUUCCCCCUCUUCACCCAGGUGGGGCUGCCCCACCUGCCCAGGGUCAUGUCGCUGCCCAGGGAUCCCAGGGACCCCGCUGACACAGAGGCUGGCAGGGCAGACCCAUAAGCUGCAGGCACAGGUUGAGGCCCUCGAAGACUGGAUCCGGGCAGGGAAUCCCCCAUCCCCGGAGCAGCUCCAGAGGUUCAGGAAGCUGAAGGAGGCGCAGGACGCGCUGGAGCGGGCGUACCUGCAAGCCCGACAGCAGCACCCGGGGGACUCGGGGGACUUCGACCCUGACCGGGUGGUGGAAGGAGAGAUUUUCUGGCUGGGGCUGCGGCUGGAGGAGCUGAAGGAGCGGCUGGAGCUGGGGGCCGGGGGGCAGCCCCCCCUGCAGCUCCCAGCCAAGCCCCGCUCCCCCACAGCCCCUUCCCCACCGCCGGCUGCCCACUCCCCACGUCCCGAGAGCCCGGUGCUGAUGGAGGGUCCCCGGGGGACAGUGGGAGACAGCGAGGAGGUGACAGGGAGACUGCCCCGGCCCCUCUGGCGCAAGCAGCUCCGAGUGGAGGAGGAUUUUGGUGACCUGCUGGCGCACUCCUGCCUAUGGGUCUCCCCCAGGUACAAGCACUUCAAGUCCUUGCCGGAGUCGCUGAGCCUGGAGCAGCUGAGCCUGGCAGAGAGCGGGUCCCUGGAGGAGGUGGAUGGGCCCAGGGCAGGGGACGGUAGCCCCAGCAAGGUCCCCUGCAGGACACGGUCACUAGAGGAGGGGGCUGACCUCGAGACCUCCCCCUUGCACCCCCUGGAGCAGAGAGCAGCACCACUGUCCCCCAAGGAGCCCCCAUGGCGAGGAGGCACACAGGGCCACCUGUCCCCAGUCACCGCUGAGGAACCACCAGCCACAACCAAGCCUCCCCUGGGGCUUCCAGAGGCACCACGGGUGUCCCUGUCCCACCGCAGCAGCAGGGCGGGCAGCGCUGUCACCCAGCACCGUCUCCGCAAGGAUCAGCGCAUCGUGUCACCAGAGACGGACAGUGGCUUCAUGGGCUCAGAGGCCAGCAGGGUGUCACCCCCUGUGCACACCCCCGAGCACCGGCCCCCCGGCACCGGGACCCCUGGCUCUCUGGAACCCUCCAUCCCCAUCCCCACCACCCUCCGUCCUCUGUGGAAGAGAGAGGCACCCGCGCAUCCCCCCGAGCCGGCGCUGAUGGGCAUCUACCCCACGGAUGGCACAGGGGGGCCCCACCAGCCCCCCAGUACCCCCUCACAGAGCAGCUCGCCAGCCCGCUGGGCCGAGAGCGGGGGCAGCGAGGGGGGGCCCGACGGCAACAGCACUCACACAGACUCGGAAGGCAGAAGCUGCGCCAGCGCUGGCGGCCACCCCCUGAGCACGGCCAGGGACCUGGCGACCACCCCUCUGUCUCCAGAGCCACUGUUCCCUGAACUGCUGUCCUCCGAACUGCCAUCCCUCGACCCGUCUCACUGUGACCUGCUGGGCUCCCGCCUGGAGCGUGACCAGGCCAUCCGGGCGCUGCGGGACGAGGUGCGGCGGCUGCGGCGGCGGCUGGAGGAGAGUCUGCGCCAUUCUCGCAGCCAUCCCGAGGGAAAAGCCACCCCCUGUGCCCCCCCGGGCAGAAGGCAGCCAGUGACCCUCAGCUCAUCAUCUCCCAAGGACACAGCAUGUUCGGGGGAGCCGAGUCCCCGAGCGCGGGGCCAGGUGGCCCUUGGGGUCCCUCCUGUGAGGAGGGGGAGGUCGGCAUCGCUGCCGCGGGACAGGUCGGAGCUGGACACCACCUCCAAGUCGGACCCCCCCUCCGCCAGGGCGCAGGCCACCCCCUCCCCACACAAGAGCCCUGGGAGCCCCCCGGAUGUGGUGACAUUUCGGGGACAGUACACAGGGACACGGUACCAGGCGGUGACACCACGUGCUGCCCCGGCACCCCGAGAAGAGCCGGACACCCAGGAGUGCCCCCGGUGCCACAGGAGUGGGACACCAUCAACCGGCUCCUGGGUGGGUGAUGCUGUGAGGCCGCCCCAGCACAGCACCCCAAGGAGGGCACGCUGCGCCACGUGCCGGGCACCCAUGGGUGCCCCAGCACCUGACGGCAGGGACAGAGCUGCACACGCAGAGCGUGUCCCCGGUGGCACAUUCCCCCCAGGCUCCCGUGUUGGUCCCCGUGCCAAGAAGCUGGAGCAUCCCGGACUGUGGUACUUGAUGACCAGCCCAGCUGCCACCGCUGCCACCACCGCCAUCGGCUGCCUGGCGCCUGUCCCCCUAGUGCCUUAUGUCCCCUCUGUGCUCUUCUGCUCCCCAGCGGUACCUACCUCAGCUCCAACCCCAGCUGGGGUCUCCCCCCAGCACCCCACAGAACAGCCUCCUGCUGCUGCCCCCCACCACUGCCCAGCCCGGGGGGGGCUGGAGGAGCUGGACCGGUCCCUAAGCCGGGCUCUGGAGGCUGCGCGGAGCGUCGGGGUCACCACCACCCGCAUGGGCCGGGCGCUGGCCACCGAGCUGAGCCGGGCACGGGCCCUGCGGGGCUCCUGCCUCUUCUGAUGGUCCUCCUGAAACCCCCUGCCCUUGGUGGGGCCACAAGGAAGAGGACGGUUCCCCCAUCAGCAUAUCUGCCAGAUCUGUGGGCAGCAGUGGGGCUGGAGGCAUCUCCACAGGGUUCUGCUCUCAGCCCCAUCCCGCUUGCCUUAGACCUGCAUCGGUUGUCCAUCUGUCUGUCUGUUUGCAGGACCAUCCAAGCUGCAGGGAAAGGGCAGAGAUGUCCUAAGACCUGCAGCGCCCCGGCAGGAGGGCACCAUCCCCUGGAUGUGUCCCCCAAGGCAGGUGCCACCCCCUACUUUGUGUAGGACAUCCUGCAACCCAGGUGGAUCCCCGUUGGCAGCUGUGUUUACCUCUGUGCCUGUAUGGGCAGAAACACCCACAUUUCCCUAUUUUAUUCUAUAUUAUUCCUUUUCCCAGCCUUGAGGCUGAGGACUCAAUGCCCGGGGCGCAACCCGUGUCCCCCCCUCCAUCCUCCACUCUGCCCUUGGACUUGAACUGAGCCGGGUCCUCCCUGGGAAAAGCUCUUUUUUCUAUCUGAUUUCAUGUGAAUUAUUUUUCUUCAAGGUAGCUAGCAAGCAGCUAAAUCACUUUUGGGGUUGAUCCACAAUAUAUAUAAUAUGUGUUUGUGUGUGUCUAUAUAUAGACACAUAUGUUUUGUUUUUAAUUUCCAGCAUAAUCCUUAGGGCAUUUGAGGUUUGUUUUGUUUGUUCAUUUUUUUGUCUGUCGCUGGAUGUGGCCACUCAGUGUCAUCCGGGCAGAAAAAUGAAGGAUUUGGGGAUUUUCUUGGGAUACCCAGGGGAUUUGGGUUGAUAGAAAACUAAUCACCCCAUGAGACCAAAGCAGGGGCAGGAUGGGUCCAGCCAAACCCCCCCGUCCAUCCCCUGCAGUGACACUGAAACCCAGCUGUGUUUAUGUGUAGGACCUACCUAAAGUGCCCCUGUCAAACUUAUUUAUUUUUGUAAUACUUUUUUGUAUGAAGACCCUCAUUUUGGGGGGGGGUCGCUAACACCCCUGGUGAGUUACUCAGGUCCAGAACCUCCCGAAAAGCUCAAUAGCCACUGAGCCCCAAUCCUGCAACCGGCACAGUGAGUGGGGACAGCAAUGGGGCUGCCCCCCACUUUGGGGGGAGAUGUGUGGGUUUGGGGGGCAUUUUAAAGAGGAUUUCUGUGUCUUUUAUCCCAAACGCCAUAGCCAAGAAAUAAUAUGUUGUUUUCCCGCAUCUCCUAUUUUGUAAUAACCAGCAGAGCCAUUUGGAUGGUAUUUUAUACAAAGAUAAUCACCUAUUUUUGAACAAAAUAAACACGGUUGGUUGG